AUGCGCCCUAGUAGCCGGGACGGAUUCACCAUCGCGAUUAUUUGCGCGCUGGCUCUCGAGGCGGAGGCCGUGGAAGAGCUCUUUGACGAAACCUACGACAGAUCGAGCAUAUUCUACAAGAAACAACCCGGCGACGACAAUGAAUAUGUCAACGGAAGAAUUGGCGUGCAUAACAUUGUUCUAUGCUACAUGCCGGGCACGGAGAUAAAGAGCGCCGCGAGCGUCGCGGCAAGCAUGAGAUUCAGCUACACUAGGAUUGAGGUGGCACUUGUUAUUGGAAUCUGUGGAGGAGCACCGUAUCCUCCAGUUAACGAACAGAUAUUCCUAGGCGAUGUCAUUAUAAGUAACGCGGUGAUAGAAUACGACUUUGGCACGCAGGGUUUCCAGCAAAAGACUGGUGUAAAAGAUACCCUUGGAGCACCGAAUCGAGCAAUCCGAUCUCUCCUGGCCGGCCUCAACGCAAAACAAACUCGCACGGAUUUUCAAGGCCGGAUGCUACAGCAUCUGCAUGCAGUGCGGGAAAUAGACGAAAAAUGGCGGCGGCCAAGUUUUACUGAUGAUAUCCUCUUCAACGCAUCUUAUCAACACAAGCAUUACGGUUUGAACUCUUCCAAAUGCCUUUGCUUCAACAGCAACUCACCAGGUGACAUCUGCAAUGAAGCUCUAGGAACAACGUGCAGGGGUUUGGGCUGCAGUGAAAAUCAAAUCUGUCGCCGGCGGCACCAUACGGAAGUGGAAAGUCCAAGAAUCCAUCUUGGGAUAAUCGCAUCUGCUGAUACUCCGGUGAAAUCCGGAGAACACCGUGAUGACCUGGUCGACUCAGAAAAUGUGGUCGGGUUUCAGAUGAACGGAGCAGGAGUGUGGGAUAAUAUUCCAUGCAUCCUUAUCAACGGUGUGUGUGACUAUGCGGACAGCCAUAAGAACAGGCUAUGGCAAGCAUAUGCAGCAGCAACUGGAGCGUCUGCGGCAAAAGUGUUCUUGGAGUACUGGAGGCCUCGUCGCUUGAUGAUUCCUUUUGGGAGAAAUCCGCUCUUUGUGGGCCGCCAUGACGAAAUUCAGAAUUUGGAGGAAUUGAUCUUCAUGCCCAAUGGACCGAAGCGACUUGCCAUCACUGGAUUAGGAGGAGUUGGGAAGACGCAAGUGGCUCUAGAGCUAGCUUACCGCAUACAGGAGAGAGAUGAUGAAUGUUCCAUCUUUUGGAUCCCGUGCACUAGCUACGAGGCUGUUGAACAGGCCUGCGUGACCAUCGCAGAAAUGGUAGGGAUCCAAAAUGUGAAACCAGCGGAGUUGAAAGAGCACAUCAAGGCUUACUUCAGCCAAAAAGACAGGAAAUGGCUUCUGAUCUUUGACAAUGCAGAUGAUAUGGACAUGUGGGUCAAAGAUAACAGUACAACUCCAGUAUUGAAGGACUUCCUUCCUCAUAAUAACCGAGGCCAUAUAAUCUUCACUACUCGCAAUCGGAAGUUAGCUGUGAAGCUGGCAUCCUCUGAUAUUAUUCAUGUUCGCGAACUAGAUCAAAAGUCCGGUGUGGAGCUUCUAGGGAAAUCACUGGUUCAAAAGAGCCUGCUUGAUGACAGAAAAGCAGUGGUCGCCCUUCUUGAACAGCUUACUUUCCUUCCACUGGCUGUUGCCCAAGCUGCAGCUUAUAUCAAUGAAAGUGGUAUAAGAGUAUCUGAUUAUUUGCUUCUGCUCCUGGAACAGGAACCAAAUGCUGUUGAGCUACUAAGUGAGGGUUUUGGCAAUCAUGGGCGCUACAAGGAUAUCCAGAAUCCAGCAGCCACGACAUGGCUAGUCUCAUUCUAUCAGCUCCAAAAAAUUGACCAGCUUGCUGCCGAUUACCUAGCACUUAUGGCUUGUGUUGAUCCACGCAAUAUCCCACAAUCAUUUCUUCCGCAGCCUACAUCCAAGAAAAGGACGCUUGAUGCUCUUGGCCUGCUUGUUGCCUAUUCUUUUAUUACUCUUGAACCAGGAAAUAACACCAUAACCGUGCAUCAUCUAGUCCAUUUGGCAACCCGAAACUGGAUGAAAAAGGAAAAGUUGUUUUCUUCAUACAUAAAACAAGCCGCAGACCGGUUUAAUGAGGUGUUUCCGGACAGUGAUCACGCCAACCGGCAGCUAUGGAGGGAAUAUCUUCCACAUGCGCUAACCUUGUUGAGGGAGCGUGAGUUCAAAAGACAACAACAGCAGUACUUGAGACUCAUAGAGAAUAUGGGACAGUGCUUGUGCAGUGAUGGGAGGUUUAACGAAGCAGAGCUGAUAUUCAGAGAGAUUACGGCAAUACAACGGACGAAAAAUGGAGAUAGACACCCAUCCACUCUAUCAAGCAUGGCCAACCUGGCAUCGACCUACUGGAACCAGGGACGGUGGAACGAAGCUGAGAAGCUGGGGGUGCAAGUAAUGGAGAUAAGGAAGACAGUGCUGGGAGCGGAGCAUCCCGACACUCUGACUAGCAUGGCCAGUCUGGCAUCAACGUACAGAUCUCAAGGACGAUGGAAAGAAGCCGAAAGGGCGGAAGUGCAGGUGUUUGAGAUCCGCAAGCAGGUGCUGGGGUCAGAGCAUCCCGACACUCUAACUAGCAUGGCCAAUCUGGCAUCAACAUACAGAUAUCAAGGACGAUGGAAAGAAGCUGAAGAGAUGGAAGUACAGGUGGUGGAGGCCCAGAAGCAGGUGCUGGGGUCGGAGCAUCCCGACACUUUGACUAGCAUGGGCAAUCUGGCAUCAACGUACAGAUCUCAAGGACGAUGGAAGGAAGCAGAAGAGAUGGAAGCUCCGGUAACAGAGACAAUGAAAAGCGUCUUAGGGCCGAAACAUCCAAAUACAAUGUCCUCUAUGACGAAUCUAGCGGCGAUAUAUCGACAUCAAGGACGAUGGAAAGAGGCCAAAGAUCUGGAGGUUCCAGUUAUGGAGAGGCGGGAAAGGGUGCUUGGGCCGGAACAUCCUGACACGCUGGUUAGCAUUGAAGGCUACGCCUCGACUUUGCUAGGUCUAGGUAUGUCAGGGGAAGCUCAAAAACUAACUAGCCAUGUACUGGAGGUGAGAAAGAAGAUACUGGGCGCUGAACAUCCUGACACGAUGGCUAGUAUGGCUGAACUUGCGUCUGUGCUCUCAAGACAAGGUAAAUGGGAAGACGCUGAAGAACUUCACCUACAGGUGAUAAAGGCAAGAAGAAGUGUCCUUGGGGAGGGGCAUCCUUCCACCUUGACUAGCAUGGUGAACUUAUCCUCCUUAUACAAGAGUCGAGGACGCUUCACCGACGCUAGGGAACUUGAUGGGCAAGUAGCAGACAUUCAGAAAAGAAGACUACUCCAUGACAUCGACACAGACUCGGAAAUCUCUGACAUCCCAUCUAUUCUGUCAGAAGCUUCUUCUAAUGACAGUAUGUCCUCGUCAGGAUCACUGCACGACCCUCAGGGUGCUGUUUCUGAGUCCAUGGCACGGAUACUGUUUGAAGACAAAGAACUUCAAGUCUUUUAUCGAGAAGCGCUCGUGAUAUUUGGGAAAGCAAUUUUUGCGAAAUUUCAUAAUCAAUUUCUGAAAAGAUUCUUCAGAGAUCUCCGAUUGGAGUCUCGGAACCCUCUCCACAUAAGGGCCCUUCGUUACGUCCGCUUCCGACCUCGACGUGAAAGAGUCACCGAGUUAAUAUGCCAGUUCUGUAACCCAAACCCGAGCCUUGGAGGACUCCGGACCAAAUUUCUCCUUAGUCAAAAGGAAGAUCGCGAGCUUCUUUUAAAUCGGCAUCUAAAGUUGCUGGUCGAUGAGCCCAGCGACUCUACGAGUUCGGAAGUGCACGGAACAGCCUCAAGAGUGAACGCUGGGAUUGAUGAUCCUGAUAGUGAGGAUGAGGACGAUGACGAUGACGAAGAUUCCGGAGAGGAAGAAGAUAAUGAAGAUCAGACUCAGAUGCUUCAGCAGCUGAAUUCCGCAGUGGCUUAUUUUACCAAUGGAAUACCUUUCCAAUCCUUCAAGGCUAGUGUUCGAUAUUUCAUCCAUCCUCCAAUAACGAUCAAAGAAGCUCUCGAUUCGCGAAACAUCAGUCACUUGCGGAAGUUAUUGAAUAAGCAAUUCGAUCUUGUGGCAAGAGAUGAAUAUGCUUGGAUUCAAGAGCUACAUGAAUUAGGGUAUUCUCAUGAUUCAAUUGCAGACCUUCUGUUUGAAGAAGCCAACGACGCCCCCUGGAUUUAUUUUGAGCCAAAGUCCUACAAACCAGCUGACCCACAACCUGGGAUGCACCUUCGAAAUUGUGUGCAUCGAUUCUCUUUCAAUAAUCCAUUUUCCAAUAGCAAGUCUACAGGCACCGGAACUGUGAAUAGAACAGAGAUAGUCCAAGUUGUUCAAGAACUUUGUGGGCUAGCCGGAAUCUCACCGGGUUCACGAGAACUUCAAGAGCGAAGUGGAUCUGUCAAAUUUGAAGAACAAAAUACGGUUGCCGUCAUCUCAUACUCCACCGGUGGCAAUGACGAUAAACUGGAUCAGACUUCCGUUGUCUUUAGGGUAUAUCAGGUGUUUGAACGCUUUUGCUCUGCUGCAAGUCAAGUUCAGGCCGCAGGCCUCUGCUGUGAUUCCUUCACCUUCUUGCGGUUUGCAAACAUGCAGCUUGAUUUAGAUCUGCCAUCAUUUAGCCACGUUGAAAUGUGCCGUGUUGAAUUUGAACUCAUUGUGCAGAUGAAAGCUGGGUUAAAGCAGCUUCUUGAUGUCAAAGAUAUUACUUUGCUGGACGUCAUCAAUGUGCGAGGGACUGCCCUGCAGAUACUCAACCUUCUCGGGCAGGAUGUUGCGAGGAACUUUCCUAUGGACACGGUGGACCGUGUUCUCAACUACUGUUGUCUAGCGGCCCAGUUCCUCUCUUUGGGUUUCCUUUCAUAUAUCCAAGCACAUGUUGGACCCAUACAAUUCUUUUUCCUGGACACCUUGCAAACACAGUUUGUGCUAUGCGGAAAUCAGGUACUGCCUGGCCACGGCGACCAUGUUAUAGCGAGUUUAACCAAUCUCACAUGCAUUGGUGGCAUGAUUCAAGGCCCAGCUCUUGCGUUCAAACUCUGUCCAGCCGAAACAAAAUUUUCAUUCGUCAAGGGUGGAUUAAAAUAUGAUAUUCUAGCAGACAUUGAGGACAUUCUCGACACCUGGGGCCCUGGACAGCUCAUUGUCCGAUGCACGGACAGAAGGCCAUGCGCAAUCAGGUUAGGUGGUGGCUUCAUUACAUCUGAAAGUACUGAUGGCCGAAAAUUUCACUGGAGCCGCAAUGUGAAUGUCGAAAACUUGUCUCCAAUCCAACAGGAUUGGCGUCAAAAAGUGCUGAUCGGAGUGGUUACGAUCAAUAGGCUCUGUACGAUCGAUGAGAAUCAAUACUGGUCGAGGUCAUCCACUGUUCUUGAGCCUUUAGGUACAUACCCGACUUCGUGGGAGCUCAAUCAAAAACAGUCUGGGUUUCAGGCUGGCAACUAUGUUUUAUAUCAGAUCAACGGCGUCUGGUGUAAAAUGCACGGGAGAACUCUAAAACAGUCCAAGCUGGAGCAGGAUGACGAAACGCUAAUACCGUUUUUGGAGGAUCUUUGGGGACUUCAGGUCAGCUUCUGCACCAGUGUUGCACGUCGAGUUACCCUCCGAGAAAUGGUAGCCGACUUACUACCAACAUUUGCUUCAGCAAUAUAUAAUAACGAGCAGCAGAAGCUUUGGGAAGAUCUAAAACUUAAUCAUAACAUUAUGGAGUCCUUAAAGGGAAGCGACCUCCCAAGUUGGUUUAGAUCGUUGUCCCCUCAGCUCUAUGGAUAUACUUUGAGCCUUAUUCGCAAGGUUUUCAAUGUCCUUCAGCACACGGGAAUUGAUAGGGAAGGAAAAUACCUACUGUGCCACCUUCGCGUAUGUCUCAUCGAGGUGUCUAGAAACUCGAACAAUCAAGUGCAAUGGACCCCUUCGAACUUGGAAGAACACGACGCUGCUUCUCGAGACAGCGGUUCUUUGUCAUUCGGAAACCUCGAUUACAAGCUUGGAGAAUGA